AUGGCGGCACAGACCAUUUCGGAAGGCGAAGUCGCCUUCGACGCACCCGGUGCCGGCAAGCCGUGUAAAACCUGGUACAAGAUUAUCGGGAGCCUCGAUUCCGAGUCCGUACCUCUCAUCGCACUGCAUGGAGGACCGGGAGGUGGCCACGAGUACCUAGCGCCGCUGGUUGACCUCCACGGGAAGCACGGGGUCCCCAUCGUAUUCUACGACCAGAUAGGCUGCGCCAGGUCGACGCACCUGCAGGAGAAGAAGGGCGACGACUCGUUCUGGACCUUCGACCUCUUCGUGAAGGAGCUCGACAACCUCGUCGAUCAUCUGAAGCUUCGCGAGAAGGGGUUCUACGUCCUCGGCCAGAGCUGGGGUGGUAUGUUGGGGAGCACGUACGCUUCCCGCCAACCGCGGGGACUGAAGAAGUUGGUGUUGGUCAGCUCUCCGGCUAGCAUCCCUCUCUACAUGGAAAACUGUAAGACUUUACUGGCUGGUCUGCCGAAGAACAUCCGCGACACUCUCGAAGAGUGCGAUAGGCUGGGCGACCACGAAAGCGAGAAGUUUCAAGAGGCGGCGUUGGUGUUUAAUAAGAAACACGUCUGUCGAAUUGAUCCGAUGCCCGAACCAGUGGUAACUGCCUUCCAACACCUAAAGGAAGAUCCUACCUCAUAUGUCACCAUGCAAGGUCCGUCCGAAUUCAUCAUCGAGGGCACUGCUUUCAAGGGUUGGGAGGGAUUCAAGCGAGGCCACAAUAUCCAGGUGCCGACGUUACUUAUCAACGGAGGAUACGAUGAGGUAGGGGAUGUAUGUUUCGAGCCAUGGUUUUGGACUAUUCCGAAUGUGAGAUGGGUCACGCUCCAAGGCGCCAGUCACAUGUCCCACUGGGAGGAACGGGACCGGUUUAUCCAACUUUGCGGGACUUUCCUCAAUGGCUACAAAUGA